CCUUCUCUUCCCUGUUGCCGGCCUCCUUACCCACUGCGCCAGCCCAAAUGCCCGGCAGAGGGCGUCCUUGAACCAGCGCAUCCAGGCCCUGAGGUCAUGCCCUCCUCCCUGGACCCAGCCCCCUCAGCCUGAGCCUGCCGGGUCCCUCCUGCUCCGCACCAGUGGCGAGGGAAGAGCCUAGAGUCUGCCCUCUGCUGGAACACUCCCUCUGGGCAGGGCUAGGUUUCCAGGCACCCAGGCGCUAUGGCUACUCCCGGUACCAGAAAGGGCCUCGCCCUAGGGGGCCAGCCCCCAGGGUCUUCUCCCAGCCCUACUCUUGUCAGGUAGAGCAUCUAUAGGUACCUCAGGGACACCUGCUCUCCUUACUUGCUUCCGUUAGGGGCCAGCUCUUGUCACAGGGACCUCCCACGUGUGAAGGUCUGUGUCAGGCAGGAGCCAGAGGCCCACACCCUCAGGAAACCUUCGAAGUUGGGUAGACGGGGUGAGCUUUACAGAGGCACCAAGCCCCACAUGCUCUGGAGCAGGGCUCAGUCAAGUAUAGGGGUGAGGCCAAGAGAGAAGUAGCAAAUGGGGUGGGGGGGCCUGCCCUCUCCCCAGAGUGCAGAGGGGACUCCGAGGGCUGUCCACCCAGGGGUGGCCCUGGUGCAGUUUCUGGAGCAGACGGACACACAGAUGGGCCCCUACUCCGGGUGAUCCAUUCAGCGCUGCUGCUGGCUUCUCCCUGCCCCUCCCCAGCACCCUCUGGGGCCAGGCCUGAAGUAAGCCAGUGGGGAGCUGACCCUGGCAUCCUGCCAAGGACCCCCAGGUGUGGGGCCCAGCAGGUGGGAGCUCUUUGAACACCUGCCCAGGAAAGUCAACAGCCAGGCUUGGCCUCCUGUCCAGCUAUAGCUUCUCUUGAGACCAGAGACAGAGGUAGAAGAGGCCAGGUUGGGAUUCUUUAUUAUUUUCAAUUAUUUUUUUUUGGAGGCAGGGUCUUACUCUGUCACCCAGGCUGGAAGGCAGUAGCACAAUCCUAGCUCACUGCAGCCUUGGCCUCCUGGGCUCAAACAAUCCUCCCACCUCAGCCUCCCAAAGUGUUGAAACUACAGGUGCCAGCCACCACACCAAACUAAUUUUAACAUUUUUUGUAGAGACAGGGGGUCUUGCUAUGUUGCCCAGGCUGGUCUCCAACUCCUGGGUUCAAGAGAUCCUCCCACCUCGGCCUCUCAAAGUGCUGGGAUUACAGAUAUAAGCCACCGCGCCUGCUCAGGGUGGCAUUUUCUCUGCAUGUUUCCAAUACCCAUGAGACAGCGUGCAGUCCUGCCCUCCAAGAAACAGACAAGCCUCUAACUUCAGGUCACCAGAGUCCCACCUUCCAAUAGACAGACAAGCCACUACAGGUCACCAGAGUCCCACCCUCCAGCAAGGGGACAAACCAGUAAUUUCAGGUCACCCAGAGAGUGACAGGGAGACUGCUCCACAUGGGCAGCUGGGGCCUUUCGAACCUGGUUCAUCCACAGCAACCCGGUGUAGACCCAAUUCCUCACCUUCAAGUCACUUACAGUCUAGUGGAAACAAAAACCAACACAAUGGUUUCACUCACUGUCUGGUGCUUUGAAGGGAGUAGACAGGUGAAUUUGGAGGGCAGGGGAAGCAGUCUGGUGAGGAUGUCUCCUGGAGGAGGUGAUGGACAAGAAGCGGCGGGUGGGUUCAUGAGCUGACAGACGACGUUGCUGGGAAUAGGAGCAGAGCGUGCAAAGGGUCUGAGGCAGACACCGCUUGAAGAUGGAUCGGCUGUAGUGACAGCCGCUAAUACCCACGACUCACUCACUCGUAACCAUGCCUUAAGGGCAUUGUGAUUGGCUCCAUUUCUUUUAAAAUUUUCUUUAGAGACUAGGUCUUACUGUCACCCAGGUUGUAGUGUAGUGGCAUGAUCAUAGCUCACUGCAGCUUCAAACUCUGUGCUCAACCUGUCCUCCCGCCUCAGCCCACUCCAAGCAUGCACCACCACACCCAGCUCAUCUUUUCACAUUUUUGUAGUGACAGGGGGGGGGGGGGUCUCACUGUGUGGUCCAGGCUGGUCUCAAACUCCUGAUCUCAAGCUAUCCUACCACCUUGGCCUCCCAAAGUGCUGGGAUUACAGCUGUGAGCCACCACACCUGGCCCAGCCCCAUUUCUCAGGUGAGGAAAGUGUGGCACAGAGAGGUUAGACAACUUGCCCAAGGUCACACAGCUGGCAGAGGAGCCAGGGAGUCUGGCCCCAGAGCCUGGGAUUUUGACCACUCUGCUGAUAGGAGGAAGGCAUGGGCCCAGUUUACAAAGUCUCAUAAACUUAGAGUGGGAAUUAGGAGUCACUCCACCGUGUGAUGGGAGUCCUCGAGGGCCGGCCAGGCCUCUCUACAGCUGAGCUCGUAUUGGAUAGGUACUUCCUCCCCUCCCCUGGCCCCAAGCACAUGAGGGUAUGCAACAGAUAAACUGGUGAUCACUUGAUUUUGGUUUGCAAGCAGGCAGUAGGAAAUACAUUGCAAAGGUGGAGGCCAGGCACAGUGGCUCACAGUGGCCUGUAAUCUCAGCACUUUGGGAGGCCUAGGGAGGCAGUAGAUCACCUGAGGUCAGGAGUUUGAGACCAGCCUCACCAACAUGGAGAAACCUCACCCCCUACCCCAUUCUCUACUAAAAAUACAAAAUUAGGCCGGGCUCCGUGGCGCAUGCCUGUAAUCCCACCACAAGGCUUAGGCAGGCAGAUCUCAAGGUCAUGAGAUCGAGACCAGCCUGGUCAACAUGGUGAAACCCCAUCUAUACUAAAAAAAAAUACAAAAGUUAGCUGGGCAUGGUGGUGCACACAUGUAGUCCCAGCUACUUGGGAGGCUGAGGCAGGAGAAUCACUUGAACCCGGGAGGUGGAGGUUGCAGUGAGCCGAGAUUGCACCACUACACUCCAAUCUGGUGACAGAGUGAAAUUCUGUCUCAAAAAACAAAAAAUUAGCUGGGCGUGGUCAUGCAUGCCUAUAAUCCCAGCUACUCGGGAGGCUGAGGCAGGAGAAUCGCUUGAACCCAGGAGGCGCAGGUUGUCAUGAGCCAAGAUCAAGCCAUUGCACUCCAGCCUGGGCAACAAAGCAAAACGAUGUCUCAAACAAAACAAAACAAAUUGCAAAGGUGGGGGUCCAUCCUCAUCGAUAGGGUGCCCUUUGCCCUCUGCCCUUCGCCUUUCCCCUGCCCCAGCGCUUCUGUUUUUCAGCAGGAGGAGGGUGGGCUAGGCUGAAGCAGGUGGUGGCAAGUGGCAGAUUUGCAGGUGGGCUCUGUUUGCACCAGCUGGGCUGUUAGGAGAGGCAGGCGUAAGACGACCCCGGCUGGGGGGCGUUGAACUUGGCACUAGGGGGUAGGGAUUAACCACAGCAGCCCUGGCCACUUCUCACUUCCCUUAUCACCUCCUGAACUCCUCCCCAGCAAUGAAUGUUAAUAAGCCCCACCCUCCUUCUCUCCCCCGACCCCCAGCUCACUCCAGUCAAGGGAGCAAGUGUGACAGUUUAGGUCAACUCAGGCUAAGUCCGAAAAAGGGCCCCUGCCCCGCUUCUUGUGGCACUUGAUGCGUUUUGGCCAGUCCUUUAUCUCAGCUGAUGUGGAUGGCAGCGAUUUUGACAGCAUCCCUGGUGGUAGCCAUUUCCUUUUUAUAAACUGGGACCCUGAAACCAGAGAAGAGAAGGGACUUGCCACAGGUCACACAGUCUGUAAGGAGCAGGGCAAGGGGGCAGGGAUCAAAUCCAGGGCUCCAUGUCCCUCCCACUGAGGCCCACCACUGGCUUCCUCAUGUACAUAAAGGAGCAAACCAAGUUAGAAGGCCAGGCCUGGCUGGUCGUGGUGGCUCACACCUGAAAUCCCAGCACUUUAAGCGGCUGAGGCGAGUGGAUCACGAGGUCAGGAGUUUGAGACCAGCCUGGCCAACAUGGUGAAACCCCGUCUCUACUAAAAAUGAAAAAAAAUUAGCUGGGCAUGGUGGUGUGCGCCUGUAAUCCCAGCUACUUGGGAGACUGAGGCAAGUAGCUGCUUGAGGUGGAGAUUGCAGUGAGCUGCAAUCACGCCACUGCACUCCAACCUAGGCGACAGAGGGAGACUCUGUUCCCUGCCCCCACCCAAAAGAAGAAAAGAAAACCAGGUCUGCAGGUGCCCAUCGGGAAGGGAUAAGCAGCCACGGCUGUGUUGGCUGUGAUGCAGGCCAUUCAGCCAUGCUCAGAGUCCCCUGGCUGAGCCCUGAGGUCUGCUUGACUGGCAUUUGUUACCAUAGAGACCCAGGCUGGCCUGAGGGCUGGCCAGUGACAGCAGGCCCUGGCUCCAUGGAUAGAAACCAGGUACUUGGGCUCAGAGGCUUUGAGCAGCUCCCCCAGUCCCCAUGGCCAAUGAGUCCCGACAUCAUAAAGUGGAGCCCUCACCUGCCUUCCGCCCCCAGCUGACACCCCUAUCCUGGAACCCAAGCCCUGAGCUGUGCCCUCCAUGUGUCUGUGCUCUCUUUAACGCCCUGCCUGGGGACUGGGUGCUGGUGAGGAUGUGGAGAUGAGGUUGAAGGUUUCCCAGGGACGGAGCCAGAGCUGUCAGAAGAGACCGAGCGUAACCCAGGCUGUAGAUGACGGGAAGAACGUGGAACGGAAGUGGCCGGAAGGAUCCACAGGGGGAAAGCAGAGAGGUGGGCACAUGGUCAGCUGGUGCCUUGUCCCAGCCAUGCCACCAGCUAGCUGUGAGGCUCUAGGAGAGUCCGUUGCCCUCUCUGGCUCUCAUCCGAGGAAUGAGGAGGUUGGAACAAAUGAUGAAUCCCUAAGACCCCUUCUAGCUUUGACAUUCUUUGAGUUUCAUUCCAGAACCCUGGACUCACCCAAGUAAGCAAGGCCAGGGCUCACACCAUCCUCCCCACACCACCUCAGGCUCACCCACUCCUGGGCUGGGUCCCUGAGGAACAGCCUGUGGAGAGGAGAGCCCGGAGCUGCCUGCACAGGUCCGUGCAUGGGGGCAGAGGUGGCAGACCACUUUGUGGAUUGAUGGAGCUCAGGGAGGUGAGAAGGAACCCACAGGUGAGAGUUUUACCCUCCCGGUCAUCUCUUUAGGUAAAUAAAUUCACAUCCGCCACUUCCCCUUCCCUUGCCACCCUAGGGGCGCUGAGAACUCCAGGGAGCCCAGAGCUGAGACCUGAGCUCUGCUUGCUCACACUGGCUCUUCCCUUGGACCCCCAAGCCCUCCCAUCUUCUGCAGCCGCGGCCAUCCACUUUUCCGUAGGGAGGGAACACCAUGAAGCUCUGUGGUCACCAGUCCCAGGACCUCAGAUCCCACCUUCAAUCCUGAACACGAAGGAAGGUUUCUGUGUCCCCACAGUGAAGCAGGUUUGGGGCUGCACCUGGAGGGCGGCAACCCAAUCCACUCAGAACAGAAAAAGCAUGGACUUUUCUGUUCUGGCUCUUCUGUUCACUGGCUGGGUCAUUCUGAGCAAAUUACCCACCAGUGUGCCUCAGUUUCCUCAUCUGCAAAAUGGGCUAGUCGCUGGCAUGGUACUGAGCUGUGUGGGACUGGAGGUCAUGGGAAGAGGCUGGUAGGCACUUCAUUUCAGGGACACAGGACACAGGGAGGGGACGCCGAGUGGCUCCUAGCUCAGAGAGGCUCCAGGGACAGGCAUGAGAAGGAACAGGGUGCAGAAUGGUGAGUGGACCUGGGUCUCAGAACACAGACAUCUUCAAAUCUGCUGUGUGAUGAUUUCACACUUGACCCCCCAACAUCCUGAGGCAUUGCUGUCCUCAUCUCUCAGAUGGCACUGCAGAGGCCCAGGGAAAGGGGGCUUAGGCCAGGACACCCAGCUCUUCUCCCAGUAUCUGUCUCAGGCCAGCUUUUCCAACUCUCCAUUGGGAUUCUUCCUAGACCUCCAUCUGUACCUGCCAAUCCACCUCUGACCCCCAACCUACUGCGCCCACUAUUUGGGCAGCCUUAACCCCUCCUUCCCCGGCAAUCAGCUGCUCUGAGCCAAGCCCACCCCUGCCCCCUGGAGGGAGGCUCCUCCUCUUAAGGCUGCGUCUGGGAAUUUCCACUCCAGACCCAGAGCCAGAGCCCCCAGCCCCGCUUGACACCUGCGGCUCACCCUUAGGGAGGUGGGGCACCAGACCUGGGGGCAGGAGACCACAGCCCGGAGAGGGGAGGAGGGGCUUCCCCUCCCUUGCCUGCCACACAUUGAGCUUGCCUGCAUCGAGUUUGGCCAGUCUGUGAGGGUCAGGAAUAGAGCAGACCUCCUUCAGGAGGUGCCCACUGCUCCAUCCCUGCACUGGGUGGCCCAGGAGAGACGGGCAGCCCAGAGGGCACAGAGCACACACCCCCACCCGCAUCUGCUUUGCAGCCUCACUGGCCAGGAAGGUGGACACCUCAUACCUCAGUCUCCCAAUUACGCCCUCCUCCUCCCCCUCCUCCUCCCUCUUCUCUCUCCUCCUCCUCCCCUUUCUCUUCUUCUCGCCCCCCUGAAAACCUGUGGCUUGGAGAGACCUUGGCUUCUCUGGGACUCUACUCCUGGGGACUGCCCAUAUCUGCUCCUGAGCUUGGGGGCAGGGGGGCAACCGCCUGAGGAACCUCUCCAGCAAUGGGAGCCGCCCGCCUGCUGCCCAGCCUCACUCUGUGCUUCCAGCUGCUGAUUCUCUGCUGUCAAACUCAGGGGGAGAAUCACCCGUCUCCUAAUUUUAACCAGUACGUGAGGGACCAGGGUGCCAUGACCGACCAGCUGAGCAGGCGGCAGAUCCGUGAGUACCAGCUCUACAGCCGGACCAGUGGCAAGCAUGUGCAGGUCACCGGGCGUCGCAUCUCCGCCACUGCUGAGGACGGCAACAAGUUUGCCAAGCUCAUAGUGGAGACCGACACAUUUGGCAGCCGGGUUCGCAUCAAAGGGGCUGAGAGCGAGAAGUACAUCUGUAUGAACAAGAGGGGCAAGCUCAUCGGGAAGCCCAGCGGGAAGAGCAAAGACUGCGUGUUCACGGAGAUCGUGCUAGAGAACAACUACACGGCCUUCCAGAACGCCAGGCACGAGGGCUGGUUCAUGGCCUUCACGCGGCAGGGGCGGCCCCGCCAGGCCUCCCGCAGCCGCCAGAACCAGCGCGAGGCCCACUUCAUCAAGCGCCUCUACCAGGGCCAGCUGCCCUUCCCCAACCACGCAGACAAGCAGAAGCAGUUCGAGUUUGUGGGCUCCGCCCCCACGCGCCGGACCAAGCGCACGCGGCGGCCCCAGCCCCUCACGUAGUCAGGGAGGCAGGGGGCAACACCCCUGGGCCGCCUCCCCAUCCCCUUCCCUUCUUAAUCCAAGGACUGGGCUGAGUGGUGGGAGGGCCGCGAAGCAGCCAGCCCCCGCACCACGCUGGGAAGGGGCAGGCCGGUGCCCCAGGGGCGGCUGGCACAGUGGCCCAGGUGGCAGGCCCUGGAGAGGAACUGAGUGUCACCCUGAUCUCAGCCGCCAGCCUCCGCCCGCCUCCCAGCCGGGCUCCUGAAAGGCCGGGGCCUCGAGACCUUGCAGACACGAUUUGGAGGUGGCUGUCCUCAAAAUGUGCUCCCGAUCUCCCUCAGUCUGCCCCCAGCCCCCAAACUCCUCCUGGCCAGUCUAGGAAGGGACUUUUUUUGUUCGUUUCAGGAAAAAAAGAAAGGGGGAGAGAAAGAGAGAAUAGAGGGUUGGCCACUCCUCACAUUCCGCGACCCAGGCCUGCACCCCACCCCCAACUCCCAUCCCCGGAAUAAAACCAUUUUCCUGCAAA